GGGCAUCCUGUGACAGGGUCGCGCUGUCCAGGGGAUCCUUUUCUCGUUUGGCACGCUGCGUGGCGUGGCCAGCGCUCGUAAUAGCACGCGCAGAUGAACUUACAUCGUGAAAAGAUCACGUGAAGUGACGCAAGUCUGAACGAUGACGAUGUGAGCCAGAAAUGGCAUCGGGCUGUGAUGUCAGGCCGGGGGAGCUCUCCACGAAUGCAUGCGCAGCGAUGCUCGACCGUUUCGCAUGCACAUAUGCAAUUCCGUGGAGGUCGAGCAAAGCUUCCACGCGAAUCUUGAGAGAAAUUAUCUUCCCAAGGCCUUCUGCCAUAACAAUUUGACAAGCCUUGUCAAUGUUUCUCAGGUUUAUGGCAUUUCUGGGAACUUGUUAUUGUGGAAGAUCUGAAGGACCCUUGAGACAUGGGCGUCGGCAUGUACACGUGCGAGAGAGAGAGAAAAAAAAGCAGAAAUGUCAGAAAAUAAAUUAAAAUUUGCAAGAUGGAGGAUUGAGCUUUGGGAAUCACAAUUAGUGAUUUAAGUACUUUCGAUUUUGAGAACUGUAUUGUUACAUACGUUUAUACAUUAUCAUGUCUUCGUUAAAAUGAUAACGUGUUAGGACGGCUCUCGCAGGACAUUUAAAUAUCUCACAAUUGUGUAUACAAUCGUCAAAAUCUCUUAAACAUUGACAACUACAGGAAAUACAAUGCUCAUAUAUUCCAGAUUACUUUUAAGGUUAGGUACGUAACUGCGACCACUAUACAUACAGUAAUACUUCCAUCACUACGCCGCUCUCAGGCCGCGCUGCCCCUAAUCAAAAUCUGGCGUUCGGGUAUUAAAUACUAACCGAUACGAACCUAUCGAGUUAAUAGCGGACGAUUGCAGAAAAUGGAGGUUCUGAAACCAGAAUUGAUGUGGAUUGAAGGAAGAUGUUACAGAAUUAAUCACUGUAUUGACAGAUCGUCAGAUGCUGCGUAUGUUGAAGAGGAAUAUCAGCCUGAUUAUUUAGACUGUGAUAACGAUGAACCAUGCGAAGAUUUCGAAGUCGAAUCGUUGGAAGGAGGGAGAUUUAAAACCUCUUUUCACAUUGCCCGGGCAUACUUUCCAUGUAUUAUUGGAAGUAAAGGGAAUACCAGACGUCGUCUUGAAAAUGAAACAAAAACUCAAGUGAAAGUGCCCAAACCAGGGCAAGACGGUGACAUAGUUGUAAUUGGAAAUGAUAGAAGAAGUGUGUGUGCUGCACGUCGCCGAAUUAAUAUUAUUGUUAUGUCUUCUAGACAGAAACAGUCAUUCACCCACUUUCUGUCAAUUCCAGUAAACAGCAGGGCUAUUCAGCAAGGAUUUCUUGAGUUUAAGGAAAAAGUUCUAGAAAAUUGCAGAGGUCGUGGUUUAGACUCUUCAAUUUUCCAGUCUCCUGAGAAACUUCAUUUAACCCUAGGCACCAUGGUGCUGGCUGACAAUGAGGAGCGCAAAAGUGCAGCAGAAGUUUUGCAUAUGUGUCAAGAAGCAGUAAUAGAACCCAUUCUUGGUAGUAAACCUCUAAGGCUUCGAAUGUGUGGUGUUGAAUAUAUGAAUGAUGAUCCUCGUGAAGUGGAUGUGUUAUAUGGCAAAGUUGAAGUUACUGAUGGAACCCAAAUUCUCCAAGAUUUAGCUGAUGGAGUUGUUGAUUUCUUUGCUAAUCAUGCUGAUGGUUUAAUGGAAAAGCAGUAUGAUUCUGUAAAAUUGCAUGUAACAUUGAUGAAUACAUUAUUUAGAGAAGAUAAAGGUGGUGUUUCUGAGCAGGAGACGUCUCGGCGUAAGCACAAACCAAGAGAGUCGUUUGAUGCUACAGAAAUUUUACAAUCCUUUGCUGACUACAAUUUUGGAGAAGAGGAAGUACACAGCAUUCAUUUGUCUCAAAGAUAUACCACAGCUGAAAAUGGAUACUACCAAGCUUCUGUAGUACUCUCACUGUAUUAGAUAAGGUAUGUCCUGUAAAUGAAUUAAGUGAAAAUCUAUUGUUUGUGAUGGUGGUUGUGAUUUUGUAUGAAUGUCAUAAACCUGUGAUACUGUGAAGGUUGAUCGUUCAAUCCUCAAUAAAAAUAAUUUCUGUACCAAGAAAUAAAUUUGUAAAUAAAUAAUGUUGUUCCAACAAAA